AACAAGUCCAAGACUCAAAGGUUAUAAGUUGCAACAGUCGUCAAACCCUAAACCUUUGUCCUUUUUUCUUUCUCUCCGCCGCGGUAUCACUCUUUCACUAUUGUCGCAACAUUCAAGUAGCUUCCUUUCUUCAUAGAGUUGACUGAUUAGGAUUUAGAGCUCAGACAUGGCUGAUUUGGAGAAGAACUCCGGUGGAGAGCUGAAGAAGAGGAUGAGAAAGCGUAACCGUGGUAAGAAGAACGAGAUUCAAAAGGCGGAAGUAGAAGAAGAAACCCACAACGUAGAGGAAAACGCAGAUGAAAUCAAAGAGAAGAAAGUGAAGAAGCUGCAGGGGAGAGGCAAAGCCGAAGACAAGGAAGAAGAAGAAGAAGAAGAAGAAGAAGAAGAAGAGAAGAUGGUGGUUGUGGCGAAAGGGAUAAUGACUAACGAGACUUUUGAAUCCCUUGACCUGUCUGAGCAGACUUUCGAAGCUAUCAAGGCCAUGGACUUCAAGCACAUGACUCAAAUUCAAGCUGGAUCGAUUCCUCCACUUCUGGAGGGCAAAGAUGUUCUUGGUGCUGCCAGGACGGGUUCUGGUAAAACCCUUGCUUUCCUCAUACCGGCUGUUGAAUUGCUCUUUAAAGAGCGUUUCUCUCCUCGCAACGGGACUGGUGUCAUCGUUAUUUGCCCCACAAGAGAGCUUGCUAUUCAGACUAAAAAUGUGGCGGAGGAGCUAGUGAAGCAUCAUUCUCUGACUGUCAGCAUGGUUAUUGGCGGAAAUAACAGAAGGUCGGAAGCACAACGUAUUGCGAAUGGUUCAAAUCUGCUGAUAGCAACUCCUGGGCGUCUUCUUGACCAUCUUCAACAUACCAAGGGCUUCAUCUUUAAACACCUAAAGUGGCUUGUGAUUGAUGAAGCUGAUAGGAUACUGGAAGAAAAUUUUGAGGAAGACAUGAAUAAGAUUCUAAAAAUUCUACCAAAGACUAGGCAAACGGCACUAUUCUCUGCCACCCAGACUUCAAAGGUUCAAGAUCUUGCUCGGGUGUCAUUGACGUCUCCCGUUCUUGUUGAUGUCGAUGAUGGUAGACGCAAGGUGACGAACGAAGGAUUGGAGCAAGGCUACUGCGUUGUUCCGAGCGAAAAGAGACUUCUCCUUCUAAUUUCCUUUUUGAAGAAGAACCUGAAUAAGAAAAUAAUGGUCUUCUUCUCGACGUGCAAGUCGGUGCAGUUCCACGCCGAAAUCAUGAAGCUUAUCAACGUGGACAGCUGUGACAUCCAUGGAGGACUGGAUCAGAACCGAAGAACUAAAACCUUUUUCGACUUUAUGAAAGCAGAAAAAGGUAUUCUGUUGUGUACUGAUGUUGCUGCUCGUGGUCUCGACAUUCCUGCCGUGGACUGGAUUAUACAAUAUGAUCCUCCAGACAAGCCAACGGAAUAUAUUCACAGGGUUGGUCGAACAGCCCGGGGAGAAGGAGCAAAGGGAAAGGCAUUGCUUGUCUUGAUCCCUGAAGAGCUUCAGUUUAUUCGAUACCUUAAGGCUGCAAAAGUACCUGUAAAGGAGCUUGAGUUCAAUGAGAAGAAGCUUUUGAAUGUUAGAUCUGCUCUGGAGAAGUAUGUUGCCAAGGACUAUAACCUGAACAAGAUAGCCAAGGAAGCCUACAGAGCUUAUAUCGCAGCAUACAAUUCACAUUCUCUGAAAGACAUCUUUAACGUUCACCGGCUUGAUCUUCAGGCGGUUGCUCUAUCGUUCUGCUUCUCAUCGCCGCCAAAAGUGCAUCUGAACAUAGAAAGCGGAGCUGGGAAGGUGAGGAAGGCGAGGAAUCAGCAAGGUCGCAAUGGCUUCUCUCCUUACACUCCCUAUGGCAAAGGCAAGUCCACUCCCAAAGCGGCAUGAAGUGUCUUGUGACCAAAUUAAAGAUUAUUUCCUUCUCGUUGGAUCAAAAAGUGUUUUAUGAAUCACCACCAAGUUUUGCCUCAACAGUACUGUGUGGUUUUUUAGUUUGGAUGUUAUGUUUCUUUCAAUACUUCAGAUCUCUCUGUUUUGUUAUAAGAAUGGUUUAAUCAACUAAUGGCAGCUUUCUAUAGAGAUUAUUUGGUUAUGAAA